AAUAAUUAAGAUGAUAUAUAUUUUUUGAAACAUAGCUUAUGCUGUCAGUAACAAAACUCCCGGCCGAUGGCAUCCAAUUCACCUGAGCCAUCUUCAUCAUCAGAAACAUCAGCUCAGCAUGUGCAAGAAGAUAUACAUUCGAGGGACAUGCGUACUUUUUGUGACGUAAACUAUGUUGGGGAUGGAAAUGGAGUUCCAUUCCAAGAGGAAUUUAAUUUUAAACCAGGUCCUAGUUUAUCUCCAAUGGUCAGCUAUGGUUCAUUAAUUGACACUUGUAGUUCAUCUGCUACUUACGCUCAGGUUUCCUUGCCUUCAUAUUCAACAGUCACACAUGUGUCUACCAGCAAUGAAAAUGAUUUUCAUUCACCUGAAACUAAUACGUCUCAUGAACAGGAAGCUUACAUUUCUAGUGAUACGAGCAAGAAGAUCUCAAUUCUAUCUAUACCCGUUUCCCCGAUGCUGCAGUCCCAUCCUGACACUUUAAACAUUCCGUCAGCCGAAGAAACAGCUUCUGCAAAUGUCUUGAGCCUGCAUGAAGAUUCUGUCGAUUCUCAUCAUUCCCAAGUACAAGAUGAAGAUCACCUGGAACCGGUUGCUUUAUCUGUUGACCACCUUAAUUUACCCCAUGUAUCUAUUGUUCACCACGGCAUACCAAAUCUUGGCAAUCUUCCUAUAAUUUUGGAUAGAAAUAGCCUAGCUGCUUUGAUCUCAUCAUCCAGAGGGGAUGGCACUCUCACUCUGGAUGUCUCUCACCUCCCACGCUCUCUGUUGUCUAGUCAGAGUAUCUCACAAAGAACAGUUCCAGAACAACCUCAGUUCCUUUCUGCUGAUGCUUCAACCAUUCCUAACAUAUCCACUACAAUUUUACCUCCACUAUUGUCCCAAAAAGAUAUUCUUACUUCUAUCAUUGCUAGUUCCUCUACCUCUACUGUUCCCACAAGCUCUUCAGUUGGAAAUAACUUCCCAAUCAACCAUAAGCAGAUGUUAGCUCAAAAAUAUGCUGCUGAGAUGCUGGGUCCAACCACCACUGCCAGUUUGAUCAACGAACUAAGGGAUCAGCAGCUGAUUGAGAGUAUGAGUGAUAGAUCUUCGUCAGCCUACGUAGUCCCAUCUAGUGCUAAUUCACUGAUUGACUCUAAUGCCCUGUAUGAUGAUCAAACCUCCUCAUUACCAAGUACCUCUGUUAGUCAGUGUUUACCGUUAGAUGUGUACGCCAUUGACAGGAGUGUUGCAUUGGUAUCUAGCUCACGUGAUAGUCCUGAAACAGUUAUACAGGACAGUGUAGAUUUUGAAACCGUUUCCAGGCACCCAUCUUCCCAUCAUUCUGUUCAUAAUUAUGUAUCAUCAAGUGUUGAUCUUGUUCACUCGCAUCAGUUGGACCAUGGAAUGCAUUGUGCUGUUGAUUCUACGGUUAGUCCUAAACUUCAUCAUAAUGAAGAAAGUAUUGUUGACAGUUCUGAUGGCUACUCCCAACACAUGGAAAACCAAGAUCAUAUCCUGCAUACCACGACUGAAGAAGAUUACACUUGUCAUAUUGCUGAAAUGGGUUCUUGUGAUGCCUCUACUAAUGAAGCAGUAACCUCAGUUUUAAGCAAUGGAUCUAUUGAAGCAAAUGAAGCCCUAAGUUCAUCAAAUCAUGGAUUUACGCACAGUCGCUUGGAAGAAUUGCAAAGCUGCGCUACUGUUACUAGUGCCACUCAUCCUGAUUCAACUAGAAGUCCUUUAGGUCUUGCUGAGAAUUCUCAACAUUAUGCCCUCGCUACCACAUCCAUUUCUGAUUCAUCUGAAUUAGUGCAAGUAGAAUAUUCAAGACCUAGACGAGAUCUUCGUAGUAAUCGUCAUUGGUGUGAAGAUUGUAAUGCAUUUUAUGAAAAGGAAUGCCCACAACACAGAAUUCAAUUAAUAUUUGACAAGCCAGUCUUGAGUAGGGCCUGGGCUAGUUUGCCUGCUACAUAUUUGUAUGUGAACAAAAUAGCUAUGAAUGAAGAAGUGUAUGGAGUUUUUGCGAAAAAGACAAUACCUAAAAGGACACAGUUUGGUCCAAUUGAGGGUGUACUUGUUAAAAGAGAAGAACUUCCUACCAACAAUUUCCUAUUACUGAUAGAGCAUGAAGAAGGAAUGGCAUUGCUUUUGGACACUUCUGAUGAAUCCAUGAGUAAUUGGAUGAGGUUUGUCCGACCCGCAGAGACGCACAAAGAACAAAAUUUAGUUCUUGUUCAACAUGGUCAUUCCCUUUAUUUCAACACCACUCGAGCCAUUAAUCCUAAAGCAGAAUUAAAAGUUUGGUAUUCUCAAACAUAUGCUGAAAAGUGGGGUCUGCCAAUUUUGGAACCAAAUGAAGAUGAAAAGAAAGCACUUCAAGAGCAAGAGAAUGCUUGGCCCUGUUUUGAGUGCAAUCAACGAUUUGCUACAUCAGAAGAUCUCCAAAAGCAUUUAAAUCAGCAUGAUGAAGAAAAUGAGACUUCAGGUGGAGCACGUCCUAGAACCAAAGCUAAAGCAAAAUCUAAAUUUACCAAAAGAGGAAAUUUAACACGUCUGAGAGGAGAAAAUGUAAAUACAAGCAUUGAAAGCUCUUUAGUGAGAAAAGCUAGAGGUCGACCUCCCAAAAAAUAUAAAAUACCUGCCAAACAGGAAGACUAUAAAUGUGAUAUCUGCUACAAAAGCUUUCCUCGAAAUUAUAGUCUACAACGACAUCUGAUCAUGCAUACGGGUGAAAAGAAAUACAAAUGUCCUAUUUGCGACAUAAAGUUUAGUCAUGUGUAUAAUCGCAAUAGGCAUGUCCGCCGGCAUAAAAGAGAUGAUGAACAAUUACCAGCUCCAAAACCUACCAAGUCAUUGUUUAAAAAGAAGCAAGGUGCAGAAUGGAUGUGUACUCAUUGUGGACUUACUUUUGAUAAUUCUAAUGUACUUAAUCUUCACACUCUAACUCAUGCUGCUGAAGAUGUAGCUUUCAACGAAGAGCAACAAUUUCUUAAUAAUGCCUCCUUGGAAAAUGGAGUUGAAGGUGGUGAAGAAAAAAUAUUGGGAAUCGAUGAGAUGCAUAAAUGCCCUGAAUGUACUCAGGAGUUCACCAAUCGGAAAGAUCUGAUUGAACAUGCCAGCGUCCAUGGCAAAAUUGGAAAACAACGAUGUUUUCGAGGAUUUAUAAAUCCACUUAAACCAUUUAAGUGCAAUCUAUGCUAUAAAUCAUUUGCCUCAGAUGAAAGACUCAUACGACAUUACCUAGUUCAUGGUAGUGAGGAUUCUAAACCCCUACAGUGUGACAUCUGCUAUAAACGUUUUCUGAAUAACUCUGCUUUAGCAUGCCAUAUCAAAGUGCAUAGUGAAGAGAGAAAAUUUUAUGAGUGUCCUAUUUGCAAAGCUGAAUUUGAUCAAAUUGUUGCUUUGAAAGAACAUGUCCAUGUGCACUGUGAAAAUGGUGUCUACAAUUGUCCAAGUUGCCACAAAGUUUUUGAAGAAUAUAAUCAAGUUCGGAAGCAUAUAAGGGCAUUCCAUUCUGAGCGGAGAUAUCCUUGCGACAAAUGUGAAAAGAUAUUCCCUCGUCCUGAUAAGCUCAAGUUGCAUAUGUUGAGACAUUCAGAUCAUAGGGAAUUCUUGUGUUCCAGUUGUGGAAAACAGUUCAAAAGGAAAGACAAGCUAAAAGAGCAUAUGAAACGAAUGCAUGCUCCUGAUCGUGAAGCUAAAGUGAAUGCCAAAAAUUCAAAAUCAUCAGGCUCAAAAAAAUUUGUUCCAAAGGUAUCUCCCACGGAUUACCACCGAUUCAUAUAUAAAUGUCAUACAUGCUUACUUGGUUUUAAAAGAAGAGGUAUGCUUGUGAACCAUCUUGCUAAGAGACAUCCUGAUAUCAGGCCAGAAUCAGUGCCAGAACUCAACCUUCCUAUCUUAAAAACCACUCGUGAUUAUUACUGCCAGUAUUGUGAAAAAGUUUAUAAAUCAAGCUCAAAACGUAAAGCUCACAUAUUGAAAAAUCAUCCAGGCUCUGAACUUCCAAUGAGCAACAGAAGAAAGGGAGGUGUACCAGAGAUUCCUGGAAUGCCAAAUCCAACAUUCUCCCAAACAGUGGGAAGCAUCACAACUCACCCCCAUCACUGCAACUGGUGCCACAAACAGUAUGCUAGCAAAGCCAAGUUACUGCAGCAUCAACGGAAAAAACAUGUGGAUAUGCUAACGAUGAGCUAUGUUGCCAACAAUACUAAAGUGGAACCAGUUUGUGAUCAAAGCACUCAGGUGACUGGACAGAUAGUGAUAGAAAGUGUCUCUUCGGGAUUGUCACAUGAAGCUGCUGCUGUACUUAUUGAUGCUACAAAGCGAAAAAUACAUUAUAUUGAUAAAGAUUCUUUGGUGGUCUCUUCACAUCCUGAUGGUAUACCCACAGCUGAUCUCUUGACUCAAGCCAUGUCCGAGUUGACCCACAGCAUCGCUGAAUAUCGUUCAAACGGAACUGAAUUCUUGACCGCUACGAGACUGUCGCCCACAACCCUAGUUAAUCCCUCUCCAUCUACCACCCCUAUUCCUGCCCAACCUUCACCCAGUGAUGAUCCACCAUCUUCUCCUCCCCCUGUAUUAGACGCUAGUAACAUCACUACUCAUUUGGAUCAGAUGCAAUUGAAUCAGCUUCUAGCUCAGUACCAGCAACAGCAGUUAAGCUCACAACAGUUAGCAGUUGUUGUCACUUCUGUCACUCGAUCCUGGCCUACAUCUGUCACCACCAGGAAUGUUUUUCUUUUUAAUUUANACAUUGUGAUAGCAUAG